ACCGGUCUGGUAGCUUGUUUGGCUGUGCUGUUGUCCUGUUUAGAGGUGCAAUGGAAACACCUAAGGUAUGGGUUCCAGAUUCACUGAGUGGCUAUAAAUUAGGGAAAAUAAUAGAUAUUGGUGCUGAAACUGUAUCUGUCCAGUUAUUUGAUUCAAAAGAGGUGCGGUCCGUUCCGUAUGAAAGCACUUAUGCUGCUGAAGAAAUUGAUGACAAAGAUGUCGAUGAUAAUUGUAAAGGUGAUUAUGCAUUAAAUGAAGCUACAUUAUUAAAUAAUAUUCGGCUGAGGUACAAUAGAGAUCAAAUAAUGUUGCUCUUUGAAACUGCAGUGUUAUGGUUAAGGACAUAUGUGGCAAAUAUCUUAGUAGCAGUUAAUCCAUAUUUUGAAAUCAAGAAUUUAUAUUCUUCAGAGACAAUAUCUAAAUAUCAAGGAAAAUCAUUAGGCGUGCUUCCACCUCAUGUGUUUGCUAUAGCGGAUAAAGCUUUUCGUGACAUGAGAGCACUAAAGGAAAGUCAAUCCAUAAUUGUGAGUGGUGAAUCUGGAGCUGGGAAGACUGAAUCCACCAAAUAUAUUCUUCGGUAUCUCUGUGAAUCAUGGGGGUGUCAUGCUGGGCCAAUAGAGCAAAGAAUAUUAGAUGCAAAUCCAGUACUCGAAGCAUUUGGAAAUGCAAAAACAAUGAGGAAUAACAACAGUAGUCGGUUUGGAAAAUUUAUUGAGAUACAUUUUAACAAUAAGUUUUCAGUUGUUGGUGGCUUCAUAAGUCAUUACUUAUUAGAGAAGAGUCGCAUUUGUUCUCAAAGCAGAGCUGAAAGGAAUUUUCAUAUAUUUUAUCAACUUUGUGCUGGUGCUCCUUCAGAAUUAAAAAAGAAGCUGAAACUCUCUAGUCCAGAUUCAUUUCAGUAUUUAAACAAAGGUUGCACACAGUAUUUUGCAUCUCAAGAAACUGAAAAAAUGCUAAGUGCAAAUUCAGUAUCAAAUGAUCAGCAUGCGAAAGGUUCAUUACAUGAUCCAAUGUUGGAUGACAUCAAAAACUUUAAGACAUUAGAUAAAGCUUUAACUAAUAUGGGACUAGCUGAUUCUGAUAGAGUGAAUAUAUAUACUGUGGUUGCUGCUGUUUUGCAUCUUGGAAAUAUUACUUUUGAAGAUAAUCCGGAUGAUUGCAAGGGGGGAUGUCGUUUGUCACCAGGAACUGUGGAUGUACUUCAUACUGUUUCAUCAUUAUUAGGAGUAGACUCUCAGUAUUUACGGCAAAGCUUAUUAAGUAGGGUAAUGCAGACUAGCAAAGGUGGUGCUAAAGGAACUAUAUAUAUGGUACCUCUGAAAGUGCAUGAAGCCCAAAAUGCACGGGAUGCUUUAGCUAAAGCCAUGUAUUCCCGCCUUUUUGAUUUCAUUGUGCAGUGUAUCAACAAGAGUAUUCCAUUUAGUUCAUCAUCUUAUUACAUUGGUGUAUUGGACAUUGCUGGUUUUGAGUAUUUUCAGGUGAACAGUUUUGAGCAGUUUUGUAUUAAUUAUUGCAAUGAGAAAUUGCAGCAAUUUUUCAAUGAAAGGAUCUUGAAAGAAGAGCAAGCUCUCUAUGAAAGAGAAGGUUUAAAUGUCAGAAAAAUAGACUAUAUAGAUAAUCAAGAUUGUAUAGAGUUACUAGAAAGUAAGGGAAAUGGAAUUUUUGAUUUACUUGAUGAAGAAAGUAAACUUCCUAAAUCUAGUCAUACACAUUUUACUAGUGCAGUGCAUAGCAGAAACCAAGGCCAUUUCCGGUUAGAUAUUCCAAGGAAAUCAAAGCUUAAAUAUCAUCGGGAAAUUCGUGACAAUGAAGGUUUCAUAAUUCGUCAUUUUGCUGGUGCUGUGUGCUACGAAACAGUAUCAUUUAUUGAAAAAAAUAAUGAUGCUCUUCAUGCAUCUUUAGAGAGUGUUAUGCUGGAAGCUGAAAAUAGUUUUGUUCAAAAUCUGUUUCGAAAUGAAUCAACUACCCAGCAGAAUAGAGGAAAACUGAAUAUUAAUAGUGUUGGCAGUAAGUUUAGAAGUCAGCUUCAGGAGCUUAUGGUGAAGUUAAGAAACACUGGUACACAUUUUGUCCGCUGCAUCAAACCAAAUUUUAGGAUGAUAGACCACUGCUUUGAAGGAAAUCAAAUACUUAUUCAGCUGCGCUGUUCAGGAAUGACUUCUGUCUUGGAAUUAAUGCAACAGGGUUAUCCAUCUCGGGCACAGUUUUCUGACCUCUAUGAAAUGUACAAAAAGUACCUGCCACCUGAUCUUGCUCGUUUAGAUCCACGAUUAUUUUGUAAGGCUCUGUUUAAAGCCCUCGGUCUCAAUGAAAAUGAUUUUUGUUUUGGUUUGACCAAAGUUUUUUUCCGUCCGGGAAAGUUUGCUGAAUUCGACCAGAUAAUGAAAUCAGAUCCUCAGAAUUUGGCCUGUCUUGUCAAAAAGGUUAAGAAGUGGUUGCUAGCAUCACGCUGGAAAAAAGCAAUUUGGUGUGCAUAUUCAGUAAUUAAAUUAAAGAAUAAAAUUAUAUAUCGCCAGAAAAAGCUGAUUGUUAUUCAGAAGAAUAUUCGCAUGUGUCUUGCAAAGAAAAAAUUCAGACCAAGAUAUAUGUGCAUAAUUAAAGUCAGAAAAUUAUCUGAAAGCCUGAAUGCGAUGUCCCAGGUUGUAACACAACUGAAGAAAGAGAAAGAAAAGUCCCUUGCAGAAAUUAAAUCUUUGGACAAAGAGAUGUCGGAAUUUAUCCGAGAAAUCAAAACAUCAAAUAAUAAGAAUGAAGAACUUGAGAAAAAAUACUCAAAGUUCGUUAAAAGUGUAGAUGAACUCUUGUUCAAUUUGCAAAGGAAAAUUGAACAGCAGAAGAUUGCCGAAGAGCAAGAAAGAGUAAGGAAAAUUCAAGAGGAAAUGGAGAAAGAAAGGCUUCGAAAAGAAGAAGAAAGGAAGAAGAAAAUUGAAGAGGAAAACUUAAAAAGGAGAAAGAGUGAACUUGAACUUCAUAGAAAGAUGGAAGAAAAGUGUAGAAUAGAAGAGGAGAAAGAAAACUUGAAGCGGGUGGAGGAUUACCAUGCCCAACUGCAGAUCAAAGAAGAGGAACUCCUUAAAAGGCAGCAACAAUUGCACCAAGAACAUAGUGAUCAUGAACUUGCUUUGCGUUUGGCACAAGAUAUGAAUGGAGUACCUGAUGAAGUUGUUACACCACCACCACUUCCAAGGUAAAUGAAAGUGUAGCA